AUGGGUGCCCUACCAGUUGAACGAACCAUAAUCUCUUCUCCUUUCACUUACACAGGCGUUGAUUUUGCCGGCCCAUAUUUGAUAAAGAGCUAUUCGGGUAGAAAUUGUCGCAUUACUAAAGGGUUUGUAUGCCUUUUCGUUUGUUUUGGAACAAAAGCAAUUCAUUUAGAAGUCGCAAGUGAUUUGAGUACUGAUACCUUUUUAGGAGCAUUCAAUCGAUUUAUUUCUCACCGUGGCUUGCCAAAAACGCUAUUCUCUCAUAAUGGCACCAAUUUUGUAGGUGCUAAUAAAGCCAUUUCAAGUGAUUUUAAAGCAUUCGAAUCUGCCACCGAUGAAUUGUGUGAAAGAUACAAGGAUCGCAACCUCGAGUGGAAAUUCAUUCCACCUGGUGCUCCACACAUGGGAGAGAUUUGGGAAGCAGGUGUAAAGAGUUUUAAACUUCACUUUAGAAAAAUAGCUGGAACGAACAAAUUUACUUUCGAAGAAUUUUCAACGCUUCUAGCUAAAGUUGAAGCUUGUCUGAACUCAAGACCCAUUUCUCCCAUUACCGAAAACCCAGCUGAUAUUCUGCCUUUAACUCCAGGACACUUUCUCCGUGGUGGACCUUUAUUAUCACCGUUAGAACCUGCUAUGGAUGAAAGUUCCCUAAGUUGCAUUAAGAGAUGGGAACGCGUUAAGAUUCUUCAUCAUCAAUUUUGCCGUAGGUGGAAGGAUGAGUAUCUAAAGGAGUUAAAUAAAAGAUACAAAUGGAAAUGUCCAAAACGGAACAUUAUGUUAGACGAUUUAGUCGUUAUAAGAGAUGAAAAUCUCCCCCCAAACGAAUGGCGUCUUGGCCGCAUUAUUAAGGUCUAUCUUGGACCCGAUGACAAAGUUCGUGUUGUAGAUGUGAAGACUCAAAAUGGAGUCAUAACUAGACCUAUUACAAAACUUUGCAUUUUGCAUGAACCUGAUUUUGAGCCUCAAUCUGAGCCAGAAUUCAAAUCUCCACCUGAACCUUCAAAUUGA